AUGCUCACUUCCAGCCCCGGCAGUACAGUCUGGAACAUCGAGCUUCGUAGACCUCCCGAACUACCCUUUGUCCCACAGAACGGCAAAAGUGAUUCUAAUAUUCGUGUUUGUAUUAUCGGAGCUGGUAUAUCAGGCUUGUAUCUUGGAAUGCUCCUUGAUGAGCUGGAUCUCAAGAAUGUCAGUUACGACAUCCUUGAGUCCAACGAACGAACUGGUGGGAGAGUCUACACGUACAAGUUUGGGCCUGGGAAGAUGGAAUAUUAUGAUGUCGGGGCCAUGAGGUUCCCACGGAUUCCACCCCUAGCUAGGACAUUCGAUCUCUUUAUGCGGUGUGGUGCCCAACUCAUUCCAUACAAUUACGGAGGGGAGCAGUGCCCCAAUUUGUUCAAUACAAUCGGUCUUGCCCCAGGCAACGAAAUGGCAACGGGUCAUGACCCAUUCAAAUUCAGUGUUUCAGAGGGGGGCCUUGUGCCAGAUAUGACAGUCAUGGAAGGACCAGAUGGUAUCCUCAAGCGAGCCUUCGAUCCUUUUAUUUCAGGGCUAGCCGAUAAUUUCACUGAGGGAUUUGACGAGUUGAUGAAAUGGGAUCAUUUAACUACAAGAGACUACUUGAACAGGAAGAUGGGAUUGGAUUUCUACUCGAUAUGGUACCUAGAGACUGUUUCAAGUGCCUCGGGUCUUUAUGAUCAGUCACUUUCCGAGGCGGUUCUGGAUGCCAUGGACUUUGAUUACCCUACAACAACCGGAGCCAAGGUGGAAUGGUAUAGUGUCAAAGGGGGAACGUCAGAAGUGGUGAAAAAUAUGGAGAAGAGAUUAUCACGCAAACCUGCGCUUGGUCAUCGCGUAGUAUCGCUCUCAUACGAGCCGGCCAGCGAUCCUGAUUAUCCAAUGCUAGUACAAGUGGACGGAGAAACGCAGCCGAGGAGCUAUUCGGCUGUUUUCAAUACAGCUAGUCUGCCAUGCUUGCGCCGAAUGAAUGUGGGUGAAGGGAUCCUCAGUCCUGGCCAAAAGGCUGCCGUGCAGAGCAUCCACUACGAUGCCUCCACCAAGAUAGCAAUUCGAUUCAAGUCGGCCUGGUGGAGGAAAUAUUGCAAUAUCCAGGGGGGGCAGGCAACCACAGACCUGCCAAUCAGAGUAUGCGUAUACCCAUCUGCAAGCUCAACUAGCUCAGCUACGGAAGGAGAAGAAGAAGACACACCCACGGUGCUUCUUUGCUCGUACACCUGGGGCCAGGAUGCCCAGCAGCUGGCUUCUCUUGUAAAUAGCAAAUCUGAGUCGGCUCGUAGAGAGUUAAAACAGCUCCUUACUCACAAUUUAACUCUCUUGCAUCAGGAAUAUCUUGAUGCGGCAUCCGGUUUGCCGUAUGGCUAUGCGAGAAUGCUUCACAUUAUUCUUGACGAGUACGAUUCUUUUCACGGGUACGAUUGGUACAGCGAUCCUGCCUGCUCGGGGGCAUUUGCCUAUUUUGGGCCCGGACAGUUCAAAAAUUUCUAUCCGGAGCUGGUGAAGCCUGCUGCCAAUGGCCAUCUAUUCUUGGUCGGUGAGGCUUGCAGUGCUCAUCAUGCCUGGAUUUCGGGGUCGCUCGAUAGUGCGUAUCGGGCCUUAUUGCAACUCCUCUACAAAUUGAAAUAUCAAGGCCGCUUGGGACCGGACGUUCUGGAAAGGCUUCAGACCGUAUGGGGCACAUUAGAUGAAAUACCACCUGAGGUUCUGGAAUGGCAAGCGUUUUUAGCAAUGGUCCGAGAGACAAGUCCUGUCACUGGCGGUGGUUGA